GCCGUUGUGACAGUCCGUGCAUCACGGUCCAUAGGUAAAGGACUGCUUACACGAGUCAGUACCUGUCCCCUCUUCCCACCCCAUGAGCCAGGUAAAGCCAAUACGAUGCGGUUUCAGAGAGGCAGCCACGGGGUGGGUAAUGGUGAAUCUCAUGGCCUACUCACAUGAUCGGCAUGUAAAAGAGCAGUCUUUCCAGUCACAAUUCGGUAUUCCAGAUCUCAAGGAAUGCUCCAGGAUCGGGGGAUUGGAACGGAACACCAAGCUGGAAAGUUGGGAGAUGGUGGCCGAAACCAUCAGAAACAGGCUUUACUCAAUUGUCUAAGCCAAGACUUCUACUUUGCUCUCUAUGGAGCAUGAUAUCCGACACCAAGUGCCGAGUCUGCUGUCCGUCCAAGAACGAACCCCCCCGCCAGAAGCCACACAAUCCCACCUAGUCUAUUGCCAACGGGACCAGGAUGCACGCAAGGGCUGGUCGCGUGGUUGUGGGUCAGCGGCCACUUGCAGGACGAGGGAGCUUAUGGAAAAGCCAUAUCGAUUGGCGCAAGCUUGUCUAGGUCAUGGGGUUGACGGGGACAUGCUAGACAGAAGGGAGCAGUCUCGCUUGAGACACGAAUAAAGAAAUACGACGUGACAGAGGUUAAGACCUGUACCGGUGUGGAGUAAUGAGUAAUAUGGAGAAAGUUCGGGAUGGGAGGAUUGAAAUUAGUAUGCGCAUGACAAGCGCAAGAAGAGCCAGGUUAGGACAGACGGAGACUGCUGGCGUGGAGCAAAACACGGGGACGAUGUCUCUUCUCCGCAACCCCAACUGCAAUUGGUCAUU